UCCAUCUGCUCGAGUGUCCUUAAUAUUAUCAGUGCCGUCAAGCUUCACGGUGGCUCGAUUAAUAAAAUAAUAAAAUAUUCGUUAAAUAAAAGAAAGGCUAACUGCAGGUGUUAUCAAGUUGACAUUGGGCGACGUUCCUGCCAUAAUCGACCAUAUUCGCGUAGAUCAAUUAAAAUAGUUAAGCCCGUGGAACCUGGAGUAAUUAGGUAAAUUACCUUCUUCAUCGUGAAAAGGAAAAAAGUUGAAUACUGGUCAGUCAAUGAGGAAGAAGAGCUUCGAGGAGGCCACCGCGAUGGUCACUGCUGCGAAUUUCAUCGUGGCGCUACGAAAUCCCGUGCAUUCCACAAACAAAAAGAAAUUUCUAUUCACCUGGAUGUACGAUGUCUUAAUUCUAUUCGGUAUUACCAGCAGUAUGCUGUACUUGGAUUUCUGGAUCUUGCAGAAGAUGCCAAAGAAUCUGGAACGCGAAUCGUACAAAUUUAUGAUUUUCAUUUUCGCUGUGGGCCAUGUGUACACGAUAGUAUUGGGGUUGAACUACUCACAGGACAUCCUGGCGCUCAGGGAGAGGAUGGCCAAAAUGGACGAUAGUCUAGGAAAACUUGGAUCGACAGCUAAUUACAACGCUUUGUUUUAUCGUGGACUAAUCAUUGGGAUCAUGUAUGCUGUUUAUACGUACAUAACCUGCCGAAUAUAUUUGAAGUGGCUGUUGCAGGAGAAGAUGUCAAGACCACUUAUCUUUUUUGCUAGCGUCGACUACGUUAUAACAGAGCAUAUUUCCACAAUACUUAUAUAUGACUUUGUUACAUACGUAUAUUGGCUAGAAAUGAAGUUCAAGCAGACGAACGAUCUUAUGAAAACGUUCUUCGUGGGUGGCUGCCAAAGGAAGACAAAAGGACUCGAUGAAUACACGUUUGAACCUGAAAGAAAUAGCCGACAUCGGAGCUCGAGACGCGUAACUACGUACACGUCAGAGUUUUAUUUCAGAAGAACGCGCAUUUUUCCUAUAAGCGCUGAUUCAAAUACAAACGACGAACAACAGACAGCGAAGAAAUUGCAUUUGUUGCAGAAAAUGAGAUUUUUGCAUCUGCAGCUGUGCAACAUCGCCAAGAUGGUGAAUAGAGUAUUCGACAAGCAAUUGAUGAUGCAGACCACCGUUGUCUUGACGACCAUCACACUGCUUCUAUAUUUCGGUUACAAUCAAUUCAGUGUGUCUGCUGGCUUACUGGCGAAUUUGCAGUCAUUAUUAUUACAGGGAUUAGAAUUCUUGUGUCAUUCAGCGAAAAUUGUUUUCGCGAGCUACAGCUGCGAGCAAGCCGCAAAACAGGUCAGUACUUCUGAUUAUUUCUCUGCACUUUGUAAACAAGCAAUUCUAUACUGGUUUCAGGCAAACAAGAUAAAAGAAAUCAUCCAUGCGUUCUCUGAGCUGGUAUUUGAUCCUGAAAUGAAAGAUGAGAUCCUCCAAUUUUCUUUGCAGACAUCUCUCAGUCAAAUUGGAAAAUCAAAGUCCAGUUUCUUUCGACUGAAUUACGUUUUCUUGCGAACGUGCAUGAGCGUCGUGACGACGUACGUGAUCAUCAUGGUACAACUGGGUCCAGCUUUUGAUUCAGAGGAACCAGACAUCAUUGGAAAUAAAACCUUGCAUCCUCGAUCAUCGCCUUAUCUACAACAAGAAGAAUCACGCCAGCUAACGAUGACAAAGAGCUUCGAGGAUGCUACAGCUAUUAUAAACACGUUAAGUAUGUUCCUGGGGAUGAGAUAUUUCGAGGAUCCUGCAAACAAAACGAGAUUCCUAUUCACGUGGAUCUACGACAUCCUAAUUCUAAUCUUCAACGUUAUGUACACGCUACACUUCGCUGCGCGCCACACCAGCAUUCUAUCAAACAGCGAGGCACAAUUAUCGUACAUAAUCGUGAUACUCGUUUCCGUUUGGUGUUACGUGUGGAAGUUGUUAAGUUUAAUCAUCCCUCGACUACAUCGUCUUCUUUCGUUUUUAUUUCAGAAUGUACUUGCAGUCAGAGAGAAGAUCGCUAAAGUGGACGAAAGUUUGAGGAACCUGGGAUCGGCGACUGAUUAUCGUCAUUUAUUUCAAUGUGUGAUUACGGCUCUGUCGUUUGCUUUGUUGUGCGCUAGCCUAUACCUUGUAUUACUUUUCAAGUGGUUGUUGUUACAGAAGAUAGAACUUUUUAGUUAUUUCAUCUCCGUUUGUAUCGUUUACCAAGGGAACGUCAGUGCCAUCAUCAUUUAUGACUUCGUAACGUAUGUCUAUUGGCUGGAGAUGAAGUACAAACAGACGAAUGAACUCGUGAAAGCAUUCUUCGUGGAUGGUCAUGAAAUUAAGACGGACGUACUGAAGGAGUACGCGAUUAAACCAACGAGAAACCAUCGUCGGCAGGCUCUUAACAACGUCAAGGUGUACAUGUCUGAAUAUUGUUUUCGGCGCACGCGAGUGUUCCCGCUAAAUGAGGAUCCUAGUUUGGAGCACGAAUCGCAGGCGGCGAGAAAAGUGCGUAUGCUGGGAACUAUUAGAUGCCUGCAUAGGGAGCUGAGUCUAAUCGUGAAAAUGGUGAACAAAAUAUUCAACACACAAUUGGCGUUACAGACCACCAUGACUAUGGUGUUCUACACCAUAACAUUGUACAAUACUUACAUUGGUAUCAUUUCCUCGCCUACGGAUGUGCCGAAAACUGCAGUAAAAGCCGUUGUGAAUUUUAUAGAGUUGUUUAAUAAGGCUGGAAUCAUCGCUUUAGCGUGCUACAGUUGCGAAUAUACCAUGAAAGAGGCGAACAAAAUGAGAGAUAUCAUCUACGCGUUGUCUGUGGAGGGGUCAGACACCGAAUUGAAAGACGAGAUCCUCCAGUUUUCCUUACAAUUAUCGCUCACCCAUUUCGGAAGGUCGAACUUUUUUCAACUAAAUUACACCGCCCUACGAACGUCGGGAAGUUUCGUGAUAACCUACCUGUUUAUUUUGAUACAAUACAAACCAGCCUUCGAAUUGAGCGAAUCAGCCCUAGCACAGAACGAGACGAAUUCAGACUUCAGCUUUAUUUGGCUGGAGUUAAGGUUCAAAAAUACAAACGCUCUCCUGAAGUCUCUCCUCGUGGAUGGAAAUAACAUUAACACGGGAAGAUUGAAGAAGAUCGCGAUUAAGCCUCCGUCAAACCGCCAUCGUCGAUUUCCUAGCAAUUUCGAUAUAUACAUGGCUGAGUUUUGUUACAAACGAACGCAAGCUUUCCCUUCAGCUAGGGUUCCGAAUUUGGAGCAUGUGUCGCAGGCGAGUAGAGUGGAUUUCUUUCGACAAAUUAGGCUUGUGCACCUGCAACUGUGCAGCAUCGCGAAAAUGGUGAACAGACUGUUCGACAUGCAAUUAAUGAUGCUUUUCACUGUUAUUCUGAUAUACUUGACCAUGGUUCUGUACUUCGCAUACAAUGAAAUCGAUAUGCGGUCUUUUAACUUCGCGAAAACCUUCAAGAGGGUAUUUGUACAUUUUGUGGAGGUGGUGGGUAAUAUAUGGAAAAUAUCUUUGACGUGUUACAGGUGCGAAUGUACUGGGAGUGAAGCAAACAAGAUAAAAGAAAUCAUACACAUGUUCUCGAUGCAAGAAUUCGACGAGGAAAUGAAGGACGAGAUCCUCCAGUUUUCCAUGCAAGUGUCCCUCAGUCAGAUCGGGAAAUCGAAGUCCACUUUCUUCCGUUUGAACAACGUCUUCCUUCGAAGUUGCGUAAGCUUCGUGGUUACGUACACCAUCAUCAUAAUGCAAAUGAGUCCAUCGUUUAACUCGGGAGACUCGAUAUUGUUCGGGAACGAGACUGACUAUGAUCCUGACUCAACCUUUCUGUGA